AUGACAUCGGACUCGGAGUUCCCCAGCAUUCUUCCUUACAGGCGCAGCAAUUAUGAUAGGACUCUGAGCGAGGAUGAAAAGGACGUCCUCCAUAUCGAGGAGGCUGCGAGGCUGCGGCUUGAGGUGCGCGCCACGGAUCACACGGCAUCGCAGUCUGCACCGUCUACCAAGUCCGAGCCACUUGCAGCGCAAGGCGAUCAUGCUCCUCCUCUGAAUGCUCGCCUCCAACACGUAUGCGAUUGUGAUCAGGAGCAGAAGAAUAACGAUCUCCCCGUCAUGCGCUUGGCUGUCGAGUUGAUGCACAUCAUAUUCUGGUACCAUGCGGAUGAAAACGCGAUUAGUCGAGUUGUUCGGACGUCUGUGUUUGGAGAUUACCGCACCAUUCCUGUUGUCGAAGGAAGCUGGUUCGCACUAGGACAGGUAUGCCGCAGGUGGCGGCGGAUACUCUUCAAUAUGCCCGACCUAUGGGCUGCGAAGGCCAGCGAGUUUGGCGCUCAAAAGGGACUGAACGUGCUCCCUCUCGCAAAGGAGAUGUUGUUGGACAUAGACUUCCGCAAUGGGCUGGGUUUAGACGCAGGAACAUGGCGUCAGUGGGAGCCACACAUGAACCGCGCAUGGAGAAUCGCGAAUCAUCCUGUGAACAUGGACCAAUGCGUUGGUCUCAUGAAGUUACUCGCUGGGGAACCGCUCCCUCACUUGCGAUCUGUCGCGCUCGGACAUCCACUCCCUAGUACGGGUCGCGGUGACAUCGAUGCCAUGUCUGACCAUCCGAUGCUUCAACAUAUCAAGAUGCAUAACGUCUAUAUGCGCCCUCCGCUUCACGGUAAACUGGUAUCUCUUGUGAUCGAUCUUUCCUACGUCGCACGCGGAGCCGAGCACAAACACCCGAUCCUCCCAUUAUUAGCUGGAAAUCCCCAAUUAUGUUCUCUCGAUCUGCGUCACGUACCAGAUCACACCGAAAGGUCGACAGAACGGAUCGUUCUACCGGCCCUGAAACACCUGCGCCUGACGCACCAGUAUCGACACCUUACUAUUUCACUAUUGGACAGCUUGCACCUCCCUGCCGUCGUCGAAGCUUCAGUAAUCCCCUAUGACGAAUUGAACGUCUUGAGAGAUGCCUUGUCUGUGUAUUGCAGCCUCUUAUCAGCUUGGACCCAUCGUGCAGAGUCGUAUACCGGCAUACGCUCACAAUCUCUCGUCUCGCGACGCGUGUACACGUCUGCGGAUUCCCGUCGGCGUCACGAUGCAAUACUGAGCAUCUGCCUAGAAGAGAUCUCAGACGUGCAGACGCGGUACUCGAUCGUGGCCACUGACUACGAGAAAGACCAGCCAGGAGGUCCGGAGUUUAUCAGUAAACACACGAUUCAGCAGUCGUGA